ACUUUCACAUAAGCUUCCAGUCUGUGCUGAGCCAUGUUGAGGAAGGCUGCUCUGGUGGCUCUGAUAGCCUUUGCAUUAGGGUACCUCUAUAACACAAACCCACAACUACAGGAGUCUGUGAGGCGUCUUGUUACCCAGGCUGUUCCACAGUUGCUGCACUCUAUAGGCUAUGAGACUAACACACCUAGUCUAGAAGAAACCAUUUCUAGAGCCUGGGACACCCUUAUCACUGCUCCUACAAAGCAGUGGGGUCGAAUAGCAGUCGGGGUAAAUGCCUGUAUUGACGUGGUGGUGUCCGGGGUCAGCUUGCUUCAGGCUUUGGGUAUAGACCCAGGAUCUGGCCAUGACCAUGAUAUACUACACUCCAAAGAAGACCUGAAAGAGACUUUUAUUCACUUCAUGGAGAGAGGUGCAGCUGCGGAACGAUUCUUCUCAGAUAAAGAGGUCUUCCAAAGGAUUGCACGGGCUGCUGCUGAAUAUCCUGGUGCUCAGGUCUACGUGGGAGGAAACGCUGCUCUGAUUGGCCAGAAACUUGCUUCCUACCCUCAGCUCGUGGUCCUCCUGUGUGGCCCUGUAGGACCUAAACUGCACGAAUUAUUGGAUGAACAGAUCGUUGUUCCUCCAGAAUCACUUCAAGAGACUGAUGAAUACCACCUCAUUCUGGAGUACAAGGCAGGGGAGCAGUGGGGAUCUAGCCGGGCCCCUCAAGCCAGCCGUUUUAUCUUCUCACAUGAUGUAUCCAAUGGUGAGAUGAGCGCAUUGGAGACAUUCUUGGCCAGUUUGGAGGAGUUCAAGCCUGAUUUGGUUGUGCUGUCUGGACUUCACAUGAUGGAAGGAAUGGGCCGGGAGCUCUGGGAGGACAGACUCAAAGAGUUUGUGCAAGCCAUCUCAGACGUUCACAGCGAGGCACCCAUCCAUCUGGAGCUGGCCAGCAUGACUGAUAAAGAUUACAUGAGCAGCAUCAUGCAGGAGCAGGUCAUGCCCAUGGUGAAUUCUAUUGGGCUAAACGAACAGGAGCUGCUCUUCCUGUCUCAGGCUGGAGAAGGCCCUCACUCUGACCUCCCUUCCUGGAAUGGCGUUCCUGACGUGGGCCGUGUCUCCGACAUCCUACUCUGGAUCCUGCAGCAGUAUGGUCACGCAGACCAGGAUUCGGAGGCUCACCUGACCCGCAUCCACUUCCACACUCUGGCCUAUCAUGUGCUGGCUACAGUGGACGGUCACUGGGGGAACCAGCGCGAAGCAGUAGCGGCUGGGGCACGCGUAGCCAGCGCGCAGGCUUGCGGAUUACAGGCCGUGGAUGUCGCUAAGGUAGGGCUAAAGGCUCCGCUCAGCUUCUACAGCUCUUUCUCCGAACCCAGAGAGAGCUUAGUGCUGGACCCGUCCAAUCCGGUCACAGUUUGGCGAAGAGGAAACAUCUCAUUUUAUCUCAGUCCUGUACUUGUGUGCAAACGCCCCCUGCGGACAGUAGGGCUUGGAGAUGCCAUCUCAGCCGAAGGACUGGUCUACUCUGAGAUUGUGGCACAGCUGGACACAGAGUAAAACUGGACUCUGACAUUGAUGUAUUUAGUCUCUGAGGUCCAAUUUCAAAUUUAUAAAGCUUCCUUGUUUUUGAUCUACUCUAAAACUGUUGCAAAGCCUCCAACCAGCUGGACGGUGAAAGCAGUGUAGUUAUCUGCUGUAGUAGUGCUGCACUCAGUUUUUAUUGUGAACAAUGAUGAGAAUAGAGGAGGAGAGGAUGUCUUUAAAUGAAGACAUCACACUCAGUGAAGUUUUCUUUUGUAGUCUGAUUUAUAAAUAUUAUCAAUGUAUUGCACUGAGUAGAUUUUUUCCCUCUACAUGCUCUUGAUUACUGCAGCACAAUGUGAGUAUCACCAGCAAAGACAACGCAAUGCAGAAACCCUAAGCUGCUAGGAAAUAAAAACACUAAGGUCACUCUUUUACAAAUGCCUUAACAUGAACUUUUAAACUAGAGGUUCAAGCUUGUGUCCAUUAGGGAUGGGAACAAGCACAUGAGUGCUUUAAGAUUUGCAAGGGUCAACAGAAAGCAGUCUUGACACAUGCUAAAACUUUGUGGCAACGUCAGACACAUUCCAUAUAAUAUUAAAGCAUGAACAAUGUAUUUGAGCUUAUGGCAGGAAAAAAUGACAUGCAAAUAUCUGUAGACCCAUAUAAGAUACCAAAAUGCAUGUCAAUGCUAUGCUUAUCUGUAACAGAUAAAGCCUGUGUGUAAAACUAACUUUGUUGCUUCACGAAUGUACUGCUGUGUAAUUUCUAGGCAGCUAAGAAUGCGGAUAGAUUUGCAAAUGGGUGAUUAUGGAUUUUACUUAUUAACACACAUUUGCACUCAACUUGGUGAUAUGUGAAAGAUUAUAACAAAAUUUCUAAUCAUAUUACACAUUUUUAUCAUGUAUAUACACGUCUGACUUCUGUCUGCCCCACACAGACCUAAAUAUGUUUGAACCUGUGCCCUUCAUUACUUUGUAACAAACUGAAGAGUCUGCAUCUACAAACCCCAUGUUGGGGCAUUUUUUAAAAUGCAGUAACAAAAAUAUCUGUGAAUUGUUGAGUUGAAAGGGGAAGAUUUUUAAGGUUUUCACUGAACAACUUAGUAUUUUGUAAAUAUAAACAGAGUUAGAUUUAAUGAAUGCAACAAACUCAAAACCAAUUGGGACAGGGACAUGUAAACCACCAUGUUUGGUAACUGAGGAUUCUAAUUGUUGCAGUUAUGCUUGAUACAAGACUUCAGCUGCUCAACAGUCAAUUUGUUGAGGAAUGUUUGAAAAUGAUGUAACAUGAAUAUCCUAUAAACUUUUCACCUUUUUGCCCUUGUCCCAACUUUUUUAUUUGAGUGUCUUGCUGUUAUUUUUUUAUA